AUCGACUUUUAGUUCUCAAGGAGGAGUCAUCGUUAUCGUCUUGAUAUUCUUCUGACCCCUCAGAUGAGGCUCUUUGGUACGGGUUUGCCGUCCGUCACCUACCCAAGUACUUGGACUAAGUCAAGCCCAAGCUUCCGAGUUUCUGCUAUCUAGUUUCCUACUUUCUAUUUAAUCAUUGCCACUCUACCGUGCGCUUUGACAACCCAUUUUCACCUACCAUCUGCUGGUGAACGACCGAGCGAGUCUAACCACAAGUUUCUUUAUCAUUAUUUUUACUCCUCGUCGUUCACCUUCAGAAGCUUUACAUUCACCUACGAUAACAACAAAAAGUACAUCGUGGUUUAUCAAACCACCCUUAUUCACACCCUUAUUAUCGCUCUUCCCCUACCACCAUCAUCAUGGCAUCUAUGGGGAUCUGCGAGUUCGGGUUCCAGUUUUACAGCUGCGACAACGGCUUCAAGGGCUGCUGCCGCGUCAACGCGUGCGGUCCAGACCAAUGUCCCGAGGGGCAGCGAACGACAACUUCGUACCCAGUCCCAUAUAUCGACUCGUCGACCAAGGCGAACACCGUCACGCCUUCGGCGACCACCAUCUUCACUAAUACGGAAGGCGGCAGUAACGGUUCCAGCACACGGUCGACAGCCACUACAGAAAACACCUCAGAGUCGACCACGGCAACAAUACCGCAGACCUCGUCACCAUCAUCGUCUUCCUCACCAUCCGCUUCGACUUCAACUCCUUCACCCUCUACACCCUACACAACUCCUGCGCCGCCCACCGUCUGGGUCCCAAUCCCAACGAGCGCACCUCAACCCAGCGCCAGCAACAGCAGCGGAGAGCACCCGCGCCUCAGCGCGACGGCAAUCGCCGGCAUAAGCGUAGGCGGCACCAUGGCCGUCGCCCUGCUCGCCCUCAUCGGCUUCCUGCUGAUCCGGCGCCACCGCAUCGCGCGGCGCAACGCGCGGGCGCCCGCAGCGAACCCGUUCGCGUUCUCUUCCAGGGACGCCGAGGGGUUCAUGGCCGACCACCCCAUGUGGCGCGAGGGGGACGAUGACAAGGUCCAGGACGGCUUGGCUAAGGGAGCGGCUAGGGAGACCGGGGAAGUUAAGGUGAACGAAUUGGAGGCUAGGAAGAAUACUGGCUUGAGGGGGCUGUAUGAGUUGCCCUAGCUAGGGAGGGGAUGAGGAAGAGACGGGAGUAGGGGGGGAAGGUAGAGCGGGGGGUUGGUCGGACGCUCGUUCUUGAGGGCUGUGGGACCGGCGGUGGUGGAUGAACAGGAGAAGACUGCAAAUGAGG